AUGAUAGGUCGGUUCUAUGCUGUGACCGGAGCGGCCUCCGGAAUUGGCCAGGCUAUAGUGGUUCGGCUGGCGGAGCUCGGCGCAGCUGGGAUUUCCAUCAGUGAUGUCAACAGUGCGGGAUUGGAGGCUACAAAAGCCUUAUGUACCGGUUUCAAGACUCGCACCAUCAGUCAGAAAGUCGAUGUAAGCAGAUACGACCAAGUUGAACAAUGGAUCCAGUAUACCAUUGAUGAAUUUGGUCGCUUGGAUGGUGCAGCAAAUGUGGCCGGCAUUGCGGGUGGCAGUGGCAACACGACCUGUGCAACGAUGAAGGAUAGUGACUGGAACGCAAUGAUAGGCAUCAAUUUAACUGGUGUCAUGCAUUGUAUGCGGGCUCAAAUACCUCAUCUACCUAAUCCGGGUGGUGCAAUUGUCAAUGUUUCCAGUACAUCCGGAUUGCGAGGGCUUCCUCACAACGCGGCAUAUGCGUCCAGUAAGUUUGGUGUCAUUGGAUUGACAGAAUCGGCCGCUGGGGAGUUUGGAAGCAAGGGUAUUCGAAUCAACGCUCUUCUUCCGUAA